GAGACCCCGCGUCGCAAGGUGCGGCGCUGCGCCGAUUUCAUGCUGCACCGCGGCCCAAGGCUGUCGGCCCCCCCAUCGGAGGUGUUCGAGGGGCGCAAGCGCUUCCCGGGGGCCUGGGAGUCCAAGGCGGUAUCCGAGAAGUCCGAAGUGGAGCUGGCCCAGGCCAUGUUGGAUGUCGCCCGCCACGCCAAGCGGGGGAUCCUGGCGAAGUGCGACGACUGGCCCGAGGAGUACCCGAGGCUUGCAACUGCCGCCCUCGCCGUGUACAAUCGUCGGUUCGGCGACUUUGCCACGAGCGAGUUUGUGACCUUGAUGUGGCUGGCUCUCGGCCGCGCUCGCGUCAUCAGCGCCGACGGCCGCGCGCGCUUCUUCGACCCGAACAGUGGCGGGUGGAGAGCCUACACUGGCCUGUUCCCCGAGGGUAUGCAUGCCCACUUCCGCCUCUUCAUGAACCGACUGGGGCGUCGGCAAGGUGUGGAGCGAGGUGCCGACAGCAUACUGGAGAAGAUGGACGCCAUUAUCCAGUCGUCCGACGGCGAUAGCAUCGAGCAGAAAACCAAGAAUGCCUUCCAGAUGUUCGAGCACUUUUCCCUGUGGAACAAGGGGUCGGGCGAUCGGGAAGAAGCCGUGGCCGACGUGGGCGAGGGGCCUGGGACGAAACAGCUGGAAAUGCCAUGGCAUAUUGACGUCGCUGCGUGCAUUCGAUCCUUCGGCAAGAAGCUCGUGUCCGAGCUUAUGCAGGGGGGCUCCGUGGUCAAGAACUUCACGGAGUGGUGCGGCACGUCGGUCGCCCCCGCGCGCGGGGUGUGCUACCCCGACCGCGCUGUCAAGUACGAUGUCCCAAUGAUGACGCCCGACGGCGUGGUCGUGCAGCCGCUGGUCGUGGUAGACGGGGUGCCCACGUCGAAGGACUUAUUCUUUUCCUGCAUGGAUUCCUCGCUGGUCCCGGCCAUGCGCGAGGAUGAGGGCGCGGAGGACGAGGGCCCAGAGCGGCCCCUUGACGACCCAGUCUUGAAGGCCGCGGCGGACGACGUGAACAAGUUCCUGUCCAGCACUUUCUGGUACAACUUCGAGGCCCUCAGCGCUACGCGGCCUCAACGAUCCAAGAACAAGUUGCUCCUGAACUUGUGGAAGAAGUUCCUCAGCGGCGAGGGUCUGAGGAGGCGUCCCCCCUAUGCCGUGCUGACCCGCAUGAUCAGGUUGCUGGGGUGGGUCAAGCGCGAAGUUAAUUCCACGCUCGCUUUCAGCGACUUCACCGAGCAGGAGUUCGAGUCCAUCAUGCGGAGGUCCUGCGUGAUAGAAAUCGCCGCCCGCCUGUUCGACAAGCAGUACCUGGGCGCGCGCUUCCCUGACCGCGAGGAGUGUGGCAUAUUCGCCCGAGAUCCGUCCUUCGCGCGCAAGUUCCAGACGAGUCAAUGCGCGGCGGCCUGGAAUCGCACGCAGCACGUCUUCGAGGCGAGCAACGAGGGGCAGCAGUGCGUGAUGGUGGAUGCAGACGCCAGCGAGUUCUUGCUGCAGGCGCCCCCGUCGGCGACCGCCGAGGAACGCGAGUCCGCGGUAGCGCUUCUCCGCGAGACUUGCGACAGAGGACUGGAAGCCAUGACUCUCCCGUACUUCGAUCAGCGAGCUCGGCGGCUGGAGGGGCGCAGCGCCGUGGCGGCACUUCCGUCGCCCCUCUCCCCUUUCAAGUGCACGGUGGAUGACCUCUUCGGCGCGGCGGCGACGGUCCAGAAACCAGGGGCGCUUCCCGAGGCCAUCGACGUCGCGAACGUGAAGAAGAAGAAGCUCGUUGACAACGUGGCCUUCAUGCAGAAUGCGGAGCUCGCGAUCGAGGAAGAGGAGCCGGCGAUCAGGAAUCGCAUCGAGAAGUUCGACACGGUGCGGCGCUUCGCGGCCGCCGUGGCGUCCCUCCCAAGCAGGGCGCUCGGGCGCGUGUUGAGCGGCGCUGCUGAGCCAGGUGCUGAAGUGCGGCGAUCGGUUAUGGCCAAGGAGGCCGCCACUCGUGUCCACGCAGUGCGGGUGCAGUAUCAGAUGAGCAGGCCGUGGGUGUCCCGCGAGCGCGCGACAGCGGGCGACGUCCCCGCCGCCCAGAGCACGCCGCAGCAUUUGCAGAUGAUGGCCUUCCCCCAGACCGUCGACCUGGACCAGGUCGCGGCGUGCCUGGCCUUCAGCGAGCAGUUGCUCGAGCUCUUGCGGCUCGCGGAGGACGUGAAGGCGGCCUUCGUCCCGGAGCUCGCCCCGAUGAAGGAACUCCGCGAGGACCGCGACGGAGUGUACCUGAGAGAACUCGGGCUCCCAGGGGCACUCGGCAAAGACCUUAUCCUCAUGGCGUUGUACGGAAAGAAGGAGCUCCCAUACGCGACUCUCCUGGACCCCGACUGCGAGGGCUUCUUGAAUCAGCUGAAGCGGCUGUCGUGGUUCCUGCGAUGGGCCGCCGCGUCGGCCAUGCCUGAACAGUAUGCCGCGCUGAAGGGCGACUCCUCCGUGACGUGGGUUGAGGGCAGUUGCUUCGCGCACUUUUGGCAGAUGGCCGAGUCCUACGUGACGAUGCACCUCUGCGACUUCGCGCGCCAGCGGCCCGUGAAGCACCUCACGAAGGCAUGCGACGGCGUGCGCAUGGACGCAGACAGGGUCGCCGACGAGAAAGCGAGGCUCGCUGUGGAAGAGCAGGGCAUGGAAACGCAGUCGGACACCGAAGUUGUUGCCCUCGCGGCCAGCCGCUAUGUAGUGCAGCAGCCGCUGGCACUCGUGGUGCGCCUACGGGAUAAAAAACAUCUGCCCUUCUACAAUUUGAUUCACAACUGCGAGUACAGCGACGUCACCAUCGCCCCAAGCUUGGUGCCCGCGCAAGACCUCUCGAGCGUGCUCAUCACGGUGCCGACGGCCCUGGGCGAUUAUGGCUCGCAGCCGGCUCUCGCGCAGCAGCUCAUGCAACUGGUCCGUGAGCACGCCGAGCGCGAUCUUGCUGGGGUGACGUAUCUCGAG